AUGGGAGAUUUGGAAGACGGCGUCUUGCACACGGCUCUUGGAGAGCUCAAUAUCUCCAUGGCAACCGAGACGGGCGAAGGAAAUGAAAGAUUCAUUAUGGCACACGGAGUGAAAUUGGAGGAGAAGCUGUGGGUUGAUGAGUGCUAUCUAUUUCAAGAUGAAUCAAUCGCUCCCAUCUUCUGCAAACCAAAAUUGAUUCCAUUGAAAACGAUCACCACCCAAAAACUCGAACAAAUGCAAAAAGAGCAAAUGGAGAAGUUGCAGGUUCCAGAAGGAAAAGAGGACGAUACCGUGUCAGUUGAAUCAGAGGGAGCUGAGAGAGAUGAUGCACAGCCAUCGACCUCAGAGACAAAAGAGGCUGAUGUCUGGACUGCCGAUGAUUGA